AUGGAUGAUAAUAAAUCAUUUAUAAAAAAGAAAAGGAAAGAAGAUGUUGAAUCAAUAAAACCAAUUAAAAAAAUUAAAAAACAAUCUUAUUUUACUCCAAUUAAUAAUUUAACGAAUUAUAAUCAAUUUAAUAAUAAUAACAACCAUGAUAAUUUGAAAAAAACAACUCCAGUUAACAUUAAACCUUUUGAAUCUGUUGAUACAAAUACUUUGAAUAAUAAAAUCAAACCAGUAGAAGAAAUACCUAAAAGUUUAGUUAUUCAAAAAAAUUUUAAAGAAUUAAAUAUUGUGCCUGAUGGUUCAGAUGAUAGUUUUGAUGGCAUUAAAUGGAAAGAAAGUCCAUCUAAUAAAGAAAAUAAAUAUUCACAACCAAACAAACAAAUUGAUAUAUUACCUGCUUCGUCACCUUUAAAAAAUAUAAAAUCAAAUAGGAAUAAUUUAUUAUUACCAGAGAAUUCUACAACUACUGUACUAUCAAAAUAUGGUAGUAAUUUUAGAAAUGUUUCAGUUGCAAUUACUCCAAGAAUAAAUAAAACUUAUUCCGAUUUAAGUUUUACUGAAAGUAAAUACAAAAAAUUUUCAUCAUCACAACCGUCUCCUACUUUGCAACGUGCAAAAUCUGGUGGUAUACUUCAUAAUGUUUCAGAUUCAUUUCAAAAUAGUUUAAAUACUUGGAUUCAUAAAUUUGAGAAAGACCCAGAAGAUCAAAUAAAAUUACAACUGUCUCCAGUUAAUACAUCAAAUUCAGAUGAUCCAUUUACUGAUGAUGAUUUGGAAAUUAUAGAAGCAAUGAAUCUGGCAAAUUUAACAAAACCUAAAUCUGAACAAGUGGAAAAUGAAUCAUCUGAUCCAUUUUCAGAUGAUGAUGAUGAUGAUCCAGAAUUGUUAAAUAUAUUGAACAAAAGUAAAAAUACAAUAAAAAUAGAACCAGAUAGUGAUAAUUUUUCAAAAGAGGCAGAGGAAUCAUUAAACUUUCUAUUUAAAAGAUCCAUGUUUAAAAGAUAUAAAAUUUUAAACAUUAUAUCUCAAAACUUUAAACACAAUAAAAAACAGUUAAUCCUAGAUAUUGUUGAUGGUGAUGAAAAAAAAAGUAAAUUGAUUGUAAGAGAUGAAAACACUUUGUUACCCUUCAAUAUUGGGGAUAUUAUCCAUUUAAUUAUAACAAAUGAACACAAUCCACAUCUAGUAGAUGACUCAAAUAAUUUUCUAAUAUGGAAUCCAGAUAUUUUAUUAUCAGCAACUACAAUUUCUCAACAAAUUGGUUGCUCUAGGAAAACAGUUUUGAUGUCAAGAUAUAAAUUUCCUGGAGUUUACUCAAUUCCUUUAAUUGUUGGAGAAAUUGUGCAUUUCAUUUUUCAAGAAUGUUUAGCAGAUGAAAAUUGGGAUAUUUCAUUUAUGAAUAAUUUAGCAGAUUCAAUGAUUGAUAAUUAUUUAUUACAUUUAUUUAGUAUAAAUGAAACUAAAGAAAAAGUAAAAGAAGAAAUUAAUAAACAUCUACCGUAUUUAAAAACUUGGUUUCAAAAGUAUUAUAAAAAGCAAUUAAAUUCAAGUAAUUACAUCGAUCAAUUUCCAUCAAAAGAAAAGAUAAUGUUUGCAUUAGAAGAAGCUUUAGAUAUCGAAGAGGAUAUUAAGUCACCUAUGUUUGGUAUGAAAGGUAAAGUUGAUGCUACAAUUACUGCUAAAUUUUUGAAUAACAAUAUGAAAGGUAAAUAUUUAAUUCCAAUGGAAAUAAAAACGGGUAAGGAAUAUAUUGAACAUUAUGCACAAGCAUCUUUAUAUUCAUUGUUAUACAAAGAUCGUUACGAUUUAGAUAUUGAUUCAUUUUUAUUAGUUUACACUAAAGAACAAUUGACUAAAAAAUGUAAUAUUAAAUUUCAAGAUAUCAAGAGUUUAAUUCAUAUUAGAAAUGUUAUAUCACAACAUUUUAAAUCAAAUAUCAGUUUACCUCCUGUAGUAAAGAAUUCACAAUGUGAAAGAUGUAAUGUUCAGACUGCAUGUAUGACAACAAAUCUAUUAUUAGAGAAUGGGAAUCAAAAUGAUUGGUGUUCUGAUUUAAAUUUCAAUAAAGUAAUGCAAGAUAUCAAAGACAAUGAAAACUAUAGUUUAUUUUUCAGUUCAUGGGAUAAACUAUUAUCGCAAGAAGAACUGUUUUUGAGAACUAAGAAUCAGCAAUUAUGGUUAGUAGACCCUAAAAAACGUGAAGGUACAUGUUUGGAAAAUUUGAAAAUUGUAGAUUCAAAUGAUAAUAAAACAUCUGUAAUUACUAUGACAACAGGUCAUGGCGAUUUAAAUGGAAAGAGUUUUUUAUAUACUUUUGAAAAGAAAGAUUCAGUAAAUUUUUUACAUACCCAAUUUAAUGAAGGUGAUAGAGUGAUUGUAAGUGAUGAAGAUGGUCAUUUUGCAAUAACCAAUGCUUUGAUUAAGCACAUUUCAAAACAAAAGAUUAUAAUAUCAACUCGAAGAAGGAUUCUAACUCAUGAUUGUAAAUUAGAUACUUACAAAGAAACAAAUAAUCAAGUUCAUCAAGGUGUUUUAAGAAAAUCUAUUCAAGCUAUUGAUAAUAAAAAGUCAUUUCGUAUUGAUAAAGAUGAAAUGUUUUAUGGUAUGGGGUUAGCUAGAUUUAAUUUGUUGAAUUUAUUCUUACCAGGAGGAGAUUCAAAUACUAGAAGAUUAGUUGUUGAUUUGGAUAAACCAAAAUUUUCGACAAAUACUUCAAUUAAGACUGUAAGUAAAUUAAAUUUAGAUCAAAAUCAAGCAAUAAUCAAAUCUUGUCAAGUACAAGAUUAUUUGUUGAUUAUUGGUAUGCCUGGUACGGGUAAAACCAGUGUAAUAGCAGAAUUAAUAAAAAUAUUAAUUGCACAAGGUAAAUCAAUAUUAAUUACAAGUUAUACAAAUACAGCAGUUGAUAAUAUUUUAAUCAAAUUAAAGAAAAUGAAUAUUGACUUUUUACGAAUUGGAUAUCCAUUAAGAACUCAUCCAGAUAUUCAUGAAUACAUACCAGGUUAUAAACAAGAAAUUAGUGAUUAUUUUCAAACAUACAUGCUGCCACAAAUUGUUGCAACUACUUGUUUAGGAGUGACCGAUACGUGUUUUAAUUUAAGGAAUAAAUUUGAUUAUUGUAUAGUUGAUGAAGCUUCUCAAAUUUCAUUACCCAUAAAUUUAGGACCAUUAAGAUUUGCUGAUAAAUUCAUUAUGGUUGGUGAUCAUUACCAAUUACCUCCAUUAGUUUUGCAUCAAGAUUCAAGAGUUAAAAAAGGAUUAGGUCGAUCAUUAUUUAAACUAUUAGCCGAGACUCAUCCAGAAUCUGUUUGUGAAUUAACAUAUCAAUAUAGAAUGUGUGAUGAUAUAAUGCAAUUAUCAAAUAUAUUAGUUUAUGAAAAUAAACUCAAAUGUGGUUCCAAAAAGGUUGCAAAUCAAAGUCUAACUAUUCCUAAGGAUUAUUUAACAACAAUAAGUGAUGGGAUACCAAAAAGUUUAAGAUGGAUGGAUGAUAUAAUUAAACCAUACAAUAAAGUCUUAUUUUUAGAUCAUGAUUUAUUAGAUGCUAAAGAAAUUCAAAUUGGAGAGGCAAUAAAAAAUCCCACAGAAGCAUUUCUUAUUCAACAAAUUGUUAAAACAUUGGUAUUGUCUGGAGUUGAAGAAAAACAUAUUGGUGUGAUGUCAUAUUAUAGAUCACAAUUAAAUUUAUUGAAAAAAUUAUUAUCAUCAAAGACUGAGAUUGAGACUUUAACUGCUGAUCAAUAUCAAGGAAAAGAUAAACAAUGUAUAAUAAUAUCGUUGGUUCGUUCGAAUGAUAAAAAAGUUGCAGGAGAGCUAUUAAAAGAAUGGAGAAGAUUGAAUGUUGCAAUAACAAGAGCAAAAUCAAAACUAAUAAUACUUGGAUCAAGAACAACACUAUCAAAUAACAAUGUUACAAAAAUUUUUAUAGAUUUUAUUGAUUCAAAGGGAUGGUAUUAUAAAUUACCAUUAAAUGGUGAUAAAUUGUAUAACCUCCCUCAAUCAGUAAAUUCGUCACCUAUUAAAUCUCAAAAGAGGGAAUCAAGAAUAAUGAAGAAUAAAGUUGUAUUAAAAAAUAUAAUUGAUGAACUAAAUACAUGA